GCUUGAUGAAUUCGGAUUUAAUAAUAGAUAAUGAACCAUCAGGAAUAAAACGAAGCGAAGACACAAUUCUGGCUACUUACGAUGAACUAAUGUUACAUAUAAUAACAUAUGAACAGUCAGAUGGAACAUCUAAAUUACUCUUAUCGGAACCAACUUCAUUUGAAUCACCUUCGCGUGAACUACCUUUAUCUUUGUUCGAGCCACAAAUUAGAGAACAAAUAGAUAGGUAUAUGGACGCUUAUUGUAGUUCACAAUAUUUUUCAAAAAUUAUCUAUGGAGCAGAAUAUGAUGGAAAAAUGCGAAGACAUUGUAGGUAUCGAUGUGAGUUUCAAGGACAGUAUAAUGGUAAAAAAAAAAUGAUCGCUGAAGAACAACAUGAUACAAGAUCUAAAUAUAAUGGGUGCCUGUAG